GCCGAAGAACAACGCCUGGCCGAAGAAGAAACCGAGUGUCAACAGCAAGCCCUUUGCCUCGAAGAAGAGGCUACCAAAGUGGACGAGAAAAAGAAGAACCGGAUCAAGCAUUUACCCAUCCCUAUUCGCCCCCGUCCAGACUCCACCGAUGAUGAAGUCUUGGUGUCUGACUUCGCACUGUGUAAGAUCGACAAGGGGCACUAUGUAGAACUAUACUACUGGACCAACAUUGGUCUUCAGGAGGCUCACUCAACUUAUCGCACACGUGAUGAUGAAGGCAUGAUUCCUACCGCUGGUGAAGAUGGCUCCACGGUCUGGAUUAACGCUGCGGUAGCCAAGCCUUCAUCCCGGGUCAUUGCAGAUCGCGACCUUUCCACGGUGGAGUUUGCUCAAGCCGUCCCGUGUAUGAUAUCCGCCCUAGAAGAAUAUGAUUGGCCCGCACAACGCAUCACGAUGUUAGCACAUUUCUGGGGAGCCAUUAUGUUACAUAGAUACUGGAACUCUCCCGACCACAUCGCUCAGCGUGCGAUUUUGAUCUACCAGGAAGAACAGCGCCGGGCAUGGCACAACACCAUU